AACGCCUUGACCAAAAGCCCAGAACCCACAGCUGCACCGAUUUGAUUACCUGCAGACCGAAAUUCUUCAUUUUUAUUUACUAUUUAAAGGAUCAGGCAAUAUUUUUGGGAUAUAAUGGACACUCUGAAGGGCAUGCUAAAGGCGUACGAGGCGUGGGUGGCGAAAAACCCGGAUGUGGUGGGAGAUUUCGAGACAACAGCCAAGUGGGUAUCCUACUUUAUAGCAGGUCGUAUUUCCUCAUCAAAUGUGGUCAGUGAGCUGGUGUACACAUUGUCCAAUAUGCUGGUGUUCUAUAACGAUCGGAUCAUCGAAAAAGCACGCAAUGCCGAGGCGAAUUCUGUAAUAAAGCUGCAAUCGAAACUUUGCUACCGUCUAAAGGUCAUGUUGACGACACUUGAAUAUAGCGAGGUUUUCAUCGAGAUAUCAGCCCGCCGGCUUUUCGGUCAAUCCGGCAAAUGGCUAGUGAUAGCGCUAAUACAGGCCUUCAAGGCAGCGGGCCGUUUCUUUAUCUUGAAGCACUCCACCUCGGAUAUAAUAACCUCACCGCCCAUUGCCGCCCUGAAUCGAAGGGCCGUCGGCAAGCAGAGGAAAAAUUCUGGGGAUGGGGCAGUAUCCUUGACGAACGAUUUGCUGCAAUCCCAGCACUCAAUCACCUUCCAAUUAAAGCGAUCUGGCCGUGUAAUUCGCAAGGUGGAGGGUGCUCCUCCCCUGCAAUAUCGCGACUUCAAGCUUCAUAUAGACAACAAUGAAGCGGUGAAGACGCAAAUUCCGCGGAAACUCCUGCAAGCCGAAUACCUGUAUAUAUCGAAGCCGCUAAUCCACCUGGUCGCCAUGGGGUUGUUCGGACAGAGAAGUUGGAAACAGUAUAUGGUAGCAUUAUCCAUGGAUUUGUAUAGCAUUCACCUGUACCGUCAGCAUCGCGACCUAAUGUCAAAGCAACAAAAACUUGAGCUGAGCAGGCGAUGCAUAAACAUCAUGUACUUCCUGGUCCGAUCGCCGUUCUAUGACAGCUUCACCAAAUCGAGACUGGACCGGAUACUCGACUUUGUGGCCACAAGCGUGCCCAUUGCUAAGGUGGUGGCUAAACCCCUUAAAGAUUACAUUCCCACGUGGCAAACCACUUACUUCUAUCUGUGGUCUACUUAGGCAUUUCAGAUAGAGCGAAAGUAUUCCCCUAGGCUAAGUUUUAAAGUUACAGGUGUGGAUGCAUUUGGAGUGUACAGAGGGUGGGUUGACUUUUGGUCUCUGGAAUUUUAAACCCGGAAAAUAAAACUAAAACUCAAGUCGUAAACUAGUGA